AUGAAGGUGAAAUGGACCAUGCUGGGCAUGGUUGUCUUCUUUCUGCUCUCUGUGGUCAUGACCUGCUGCUUCAUAUGGCAGUACAGGAUGCCAAAGCUGAAGACAGAAAUGGAUGUGGAAAAAGCAGCAAUACAAGAGAUGUGCCCUCUUUUCCCUGAGCCUGUGCCCCUCAAACAUCCCAUCACAUCGCUGAGGGCAGCCUUACAAAAGAUAGAUGUACUCCUGAGUCUGAGCGUUCGCGCCACCAACUUGCCAGCCAUAUCAGCCAUUGUGGUUUUAAAUGACUCUAUUCUGUGGAAUGGAAACUUUGGGAAGAAGAACAUAAGCGACCCCUCCUCAUCUGCACCCAAUGAGUACACAGUGUACAGAAUUGCAAGCCUGUCUAAGAUCUUCCCCACACUGAUGCUUUACAAGCUGUGGGAGGACGGUCUGAUAGACUCUCUGGACGACCCUUUGGAGAAGUACACUGACAACUUCACCAUCAAGAACCCACUGGGGAAAAGUGAUGAGCCAACAUUCUCGUCAGCGAGGACCUUCGGCAGUCGCUCUCCGGCACUCACCCUGCGCAGGAUGGCUAGCCAGCUUUCUGGGUUACCCAGAAGAUUAAGGUCAACUAACCUCCUUUGGAGUGGAGAUACAGAAGCAGCUCUGGAUUUGUUACAGGAUGAUGUCCUUGUGGCAGAUCCAGGCACAAAAUGCCACUACAGCAAUGUUGCUUUUUCCUUAUUGGCCAACAUCUUGGCCAAGAAGGUAACUGGCUCAGACUUUGAGACAUGGGUGUCUGACAAUAUCCUGGAGCGGCUCAGCAUGGAGGACACUGGUUUCAACUUCACUCCAGCCAUCCAGAGGCAGAUGGCUGUGGGUGUGUACAGCAAUGGCCAGGCAGCUCCCCUUUACAACCUCGGCUGGUACCGUCCUGCUGGCCAGAUGUAUUCCACAGCAGCUGACAUGGCCAAGCUCAUGAUGGCUUUGCUGGGCAGUUACGGCAGGACUCUGCUCCGCGAGGACACCCUAAACACCAUGCUGACCCCAGUCUUCCGAUGCCACAGCAGCUACUUUGCCAACUCCACAGGCACACCAUGGGAAAUCAAUGAGCAGUUUGGCUAUGAUGUAGUGAGGAAGGAUGGGGACCUGGACGGUUACGCAGCCACCCUCUCCCUAGUGCCACGGCUCAAGCUGGGACUAGUGGUCCUGAUGGCCGGGGUUCGGCCUGCAGACCAGGACCUUGUAAGCCAGGCCUACAGCUAUCUCAUCCCGGCAGUGGAGAGCGCUUUCAGGGAUGCUCGACAAACUCUCAGACCACCACCAAGCCCAGUUCCAUACGUGGGCUUUUUCACUUACAGGAAUAUGACUUUCUAUGAGAUUAAGGUGGACUCAGACAGCGUGUUGGUCAUGCAGCAGUUUGGACCACAGGUGGACACAAAUUUUCCAUCCAACUACCGAACUAUUCGGCUGGAUUACCUGCAGGACAGGGUGUUCAGGGUGGUGUUUGAGAGCCCAUACCCUUGCAAAUUAAAGGUUAACAGUGCCUCAGUGUCCCUGGAGGCACAGGACAGGCAGCUCUUCAACUUUUACCCCUUCAACAAGAAAGGUGUGUCACCAGGGUUUGAUUCCCCAGGACUCAACACCUACAAGGUGACCAGGAUAGCUGGUAAACCAUACUUUACUUCAUAA